AUGCCCCAGGGUAGCCUCGUCGUCUCCUUCCUGGGCGCACUACAAGCCUGCGUCUCCGUGCUCCUAACCCUAUCUUACGGCGUCGCGGCUCGCAAAUUCGGCCUCAUCCAACGCAGCUCGAUCCACGAUGUUUCGGGGCUGGGUGUGAAAGUCCUCCUACCGGCCCUGAUUCUCGUCCAUCUAGGCGAGCAGUUGCAGCUGGAUAAUGCGUUGAAUUACGUUCCUGUUUUGGUCUGGUCAAUAGCCUACACAACCCUCUCAAUCGUUCUCGCGCGACUAGCCUCAAAACUCCUCAGACUCCCGGCGUGGGUUACGCCCGCGUGUGCAUUCAACAACACCACGUCUCUCCCGCUGCUCCUGCUGGAGUCGUUGAAGAGUGUCGGUAGUUUGAAUAUGAUUAUCCGGGACGGCGACUCGGUUUCUGAGGCGAUUGCGCGCGCGCAGAGCUAUUUCUUGCUUUGUGGUGUUAUUUCCAAGACGAUUGGGUAUGCGGUUGGGCCGGCGAUGUUGAAGGGUGGGGAUGGAGCUGGGGACGGCGACGACGAUGCUGACGAUAGGAAUAGGGAUGGGGAUGUAGAGGAUAGACAGAAUGGAUUUGGAAACGAAAAUGGGAAUGGGAACAAUGACAGCGGCACCAACCACGCAGAUGAGGAAGUGCCGCUCCUGCAUGGCCGGGCCCAGAAUCAAAAGUACUCUAGCUUGGGCUGCUUCUCUACAAGAAUGAAGCGCCGGGCUAGGGAUGCGGUAUACAACUUGCCGAAACGCCUGAAGCAGAGUGUGCUCGCGCCGUUUGAUACCCCGAUGGCUGAUGUCGCUAUCAUCUGUACGCUUGUUGGUGCAGUGUUGGGGCUAGUUCCGCAGCUGCAUAGGGCGUUCUUCAAUACGUACGAAGAGGGAGGCAUAUUUAAUGCUUGGUUGACGUCGAGCAUUAAGAAUAUCGGGAAACUGUUUACGACGCUGCAGAUUUUCAUUGUCGGGUGUGAGCUUGGGGCUAGUUUUGAGAAGAUGAGCAGCAGUAAUGGUGAUGAUGGUGCUGGGAGUACGAGAUCGAGUAACCCUGGCGUCAAAGCGAUUCUGACUAUCUUUUUGAUCCGGCUUGUUAUUUGGCCUGCACUCGGUAUCUCGAUCAUCUACGGCCUCGCGAGGAACACGUCUGUACUGCGAUCCGACCCCGUUCUCUGGUUCAGCAUGAUGCUCAUGCCAGCUGGGCCGCCGGCGUUGGUGAUUCAAGGGCUCGCUGAGUUGGCCAAGGCGUCUGAGAGACAGAAGAUGACGAUCGCGAAGACGUUGACGGUCAUGUAUAUGCUCUCGCCGUGCAUUUCGUUUACCAUUACAGGGGCGUUGAAGGCGUCGCAGGCUGCGCUGGACGGGCAGAGUACGGCGCGAUAA